CGCUCCAGAAUCUAGGAAGAAGAGGCUUGGAAUACAGUCUGCAGAGAUUAAUCCUAGGGUUUGCAGAAAAGAGGUUGAUCCACGAGUACGGGAAACCUGAUUCCUGCCUGUCAGCUCUUCUACUUCAGCCUUGAGCCCAGUCAUCAUGCCUAGGGGUCAAAAGAGUAAGAACCGCUCCCGUGCAAAACGACAGCAGGCACGCAGGGAGGUCCCAGAAGUUCAGCCCACUGCAGAGAAAGCAGGGUCUUCUGUUGACGAGAGCGUUGGCUCCAGCUUCCCUGAUGGUUCUGCUCCUCAGGGUGUGAAAACCCCUGGAUCUUUUGGUGCAGGUGUGUCCUGCGCAGGCUCUGGUAUAGGUGUUAGGAAUGCUGCUGGUUUUGCUGAUCAGAAAAGUUCAGAUGGCACCCAGGCAGGGGCUUCUGUUCAGCACACACUUAAAGAUCCUAUCAUGAGGAAGGCUAGUGUGCUGAUAGAAUUCCUGCUAGAUAAAUUUAAGAUGAAAGAAGCAGUUACAAAGAGUGAAAUGCUGGCAGUAGUCAACAAGAAGUAUAAGGAACAUUUCUCUGAGAUCCUCCGGAGAACUUCUGCACGCCUAGAGUUAGUCUUUGGUCUUGAAUUGAAGGAAAUAGAUGCCAGCACUCAAUCCUAUUUGCUGGUGGGCAAACUGGGUCUUUCCACUGAGGGAAGUUUGAGUAGUAAUUGGGGGUUGCCCAAGACAGGUCUCCUGAUGUCCAUCCUAGGUGUGAUCUUCAUGAAGGGUAACCGUGCCACUGUGCAAGAGGUCUGGCAAUUUCUGAAUGGAGUGGGGGUAUAUGCUGGGAAGAAGCACUUAAUCUUUGGAGAGCCUGAGGCAUUUAUAACAGAUCUAGUGCAGGAAAAUUACCUGGCGUACCGCCAGGUACCUAGCAGUGAUCCCCCAAGCUAUGAGUUCCUGUGGGGACCCAGAGCCCAUGCUGAAACCACCAAGAUGAAAGUCCUGGAAGUUUUAGCUAAGGUCAAUGGCACUGUCCCUAGUGCCUUCCCUAAUCUCUAUCAGUUGGCUCUUAGAGAUCAGGCAGAGGGUACCAAGAAGAAGAGUUCAAGGCAAGGCUGUUGAUUCCAAGGUCCUAUCCCAUAAGUCCUCUAAUAUGUAAUUGAGUCUGUUCUAUAAUGUUUGAAGAACAGUCAGGCUCCUAAUCAGUAGAGUUCAUAGCAUUUCAGAACCAGUAUGUAUACAUUCUUGGCCUGUUAUACAUUAUUAGAAUGGAGGCUACUAUUGUUAUUUUUCAAUUUUUUUUUAACUAAACAGUGCUUUGAGCCUUGCUUUCUGUUAAGUGCAUAAAGAGGUAACUGUCAUUUGUCAGUUUUGUUAUUUUGCAACAAACUGGAAAACCUUAAAUUGUUUUUAUUAAACAUUGUAUAACAUCGCAUUGGAGAAGGGAUUUUCACGGCAGUGUGAUAUCAUACAGUGGUGAAACAACAGUGAAUUGGGAAAGUUACUAUUGUUACUUUGGAAAGUUUUAUAUAUGAAUGUGAUUGUUAGUUUCUUACUUUUUUUUGUAUAAUGUUACGUGAAAUAAAGUUGGACUUGAUGACUACU